AUGGGCAACUACAUCACCAAUGGCCAUCACCCGUUUCGGCGUCGGGGCACAGUGGACGGCGGUGUCGUUCACGGCCUGGCGGGCAUUCUCUCCAUGUCGAAUGCUGACGGACAGUCUGGUUCUACUGCUGCCGCUGCUGCCUCAGGUCAACAACAUCAGGGCAUGAGCAUCGGCUUCGGCAGCGUCUCCGCCGUCGGCGCAAUGAUGAGGAGGCCGAGCAAUCCCAACACCAAUAAGAUAUCUGUCUGUCGAACCAGUCGUUCGGCGAGUCGGGCGAGCAGUGCCGGUGCUGGGGGCGGCGGCGGCAGCAAAAAGACCACCGUCAGCAGCAGCCACGACUCGAGCAGUCAGCUGGACGAAAUGACGCCGCCACCGCCGCCUCUGAGCGAGCUUGACCGCCUGAAGGGCGAACUGAGGGACGCCAAGAGGCAGAUUUACGAGCGAGAGCAGCAGCUGCUGAAGUUGCACCGUGAGAUUCACAAGCUAAGGUCGGUGCUGGACCACUCGGACGCCAUGAACGCGCUGAAGCCGUCGCUGUCGAUGACGAUGCUCCUCUCGGCGGAGCACAACAACAACAACAACGGCAAACUAAGCUACCCGAAGAAACAGGGCGUCAGCGGUGAGUCCUACGGCUCGAUGACCUCUCUGGGUGACCCGCUGCAGAACAUCAACUUUGUCUGGAAGGACUUUGACUGUCGACGGAUCAUUCAGGAGGCGCUGCAGGACAACAGCUUCCUGAAGAACUACCUCAACCUGGAGCAGCUUGAUCUGAUUGUCGACUCGAUGUACGAGAAGGAGUUCAGCAAGAACACGUACAUCUGCCGGCGAGGCACCUACGGCUCGCACCUGUACAUCCUCACCUACGGCCACUGUGAGGUGAUUGACGCCCACGACAAGCCGGUCAACCAGAUGGGCCCGGGAAAGGCGUUCGGUGAGCUGGCGCUACUCUACAACUGCACGAGAACUGCGUCCGUUAAAACGAUUACUCGCGUACGAACGUGGGUACUCGACCGAAAGGUCUUUCAGAUGAUUAUGAUGAAGACCUGCCUCGACAAGUCACAAACUAUAAAGCAAUUUCUUAAAAGUGUGCCGCUUUUGCGUGAACUUAGCGACGAGAAGAUAAGCAAAAUAGGCGAUGUCGUCGAGGUGGACUACUAUCCACGCGGCGAUUACAUCUGCCGACAGGGCUCUUCGGGUGACUCUUUCUACAUCAUCUCUAAGGGCUCGUGCAGGGUGACGCAAAUUCGCCAUGGGCACUUCUCGCCGGAUGGUCAUGGCAGCAGUGGUGCCAAAUCAAAGAACGGCGUGGCGCCAUUUGUCAAAGAAGAGACCAUCAGGACGCUUAAAGUGGGUGACUACUUUGGCGAGCAGGCACUGUUGCUGAACCUCAAUCAGCCAAAUCCAUUUCUGUCUGGCCUUUCUGCUGACAACGGCAAUGGCUCUGUCGUCUCGCCGACGAGGACGGCCAAUGUCAUCUCUGAGGACUGUGAGUGCCUGGUGCUCGACCAGUCAAGUUUCUUCAGUUUGCUUGGUGAUCUCAAUGAAAUUCGAUACAAAUCGUACAAUGACAGUGAAGAAUAUAAUGCCACCAUUGCCACUACUGCCGCCGCCGCCAGUGCCCCUAGCUCAGCAGUGAAAAGUAGUGCCAAUGCUGACUCAAGUGCCACUGCAGCAGCAGCAGCAGCCAGUGCCACCUCCAAACCGCUCACCAAUCUGCUCUCCACCCUUUCACUCUCAAAGAAGGAUCUCCUUCUAGAGACAAACCUGAAGACCGGAAACCAAAAGACAGCGCCUGAUCCCUUCUUCUACCGCCUCACCUUGGAUGACCUGGAGCACCUGUGUCAGCUAGGUCAGGGCGGCUUCGGCAUGGUCAAUCUGGUGCGCGCCAAAAGCGACCCGACGCGGGUGUUUGCGCUGAAACGUUGCUCAAAAGAGUUCGUCCGUGCCUCUCACCAGGAGCAGCACAUCAUCAAUGAGAAACUGGUGAUGCAGCGAGUCAGCGGGCGGCACCAGUUUCUCAUUCAGCUGCACCGGACGUUUCGGGAUGAGAAGAAUGUUUAUUUUUUGAUGGAGACAGCCCUUGGCGGGGAACUGUGGUCUGUUCUUCGGCAAAGAGGUCCAUUCAGCGAGCAGGCAUGCCGUUUUUACAUGGGCUGUGUGAUUGAGGCGCUGCAGUAUCUGCACUCCAAUAACAUCAUCUACCGUGAUCUUAAACCGGAAAAUUGCCUGCUUGAUAGUGAUGGCUAUUUGAAGCUCACUGACUUUGGUUUUAGCAAGUUUCUUCAACCAGGAGAUAAAACGUGGACAUUUUGUGGCACCCCAGAAUAUGUCUCGCCUGAAAUUGUGCUAAAUCGAGGUCACGACAAAUCGGUAGACAUUUGGUCAAUUGGAAUUCUUCUCUACGAGCUUCUUACUGGAAUCCCACCCUUCACCUCGAAUGACCCCUUGCAGACGUACCACAUUAUCCUGCGCGGCUUUGACUCGAUCGGCUUCGACGAGGGCACCUUCUCGAAGCACUGCGUCAACCUCAUUCGCGCCCUCUGCAAGGAGAACCCCACGGAGCGGCUGGGGGUGCGCGGGCGCAACGGCUACGCCGACAUAAAGAAGCACAAGUGGUUCGCUGGCUUCAAUUGGAGCCACCUGGUGGCGCGCAAGUUGGCCCCGCCGAUCAUUCCCUCGCUCACCUCGGACACGGACACGCGCUACUUUGACACGGUGCCACUGAAGCCUGAUGGCAGUCGAUUCAGUCCGGUGGGCCCCAUUGGUGCUGGUGCUGGAACUGGUGGAGGACUGACCACUGCUCCCACUACUACUGGCAACAAAAGUCCCUCAUUUAUGCUUCACAAAAGCUCGGCCAAGUUGUCCAGCCUGUCAUCGCCGAACACCUCCUCAAGUAACUCUAGCGAUGCUGGCAAGUUGAACGUCUCCAAGGCGAACAAUGAGAGCAGCAAGGAGUCUAGUCUGCAGUUUGACUACAGCUGCGACUGGGAGAGCUAUUUUUGA